AUGACCGACGUCGAACCUUUCUACGUCUACAAGAUUAUUCCCUCCACCGCCCCGGUGCGGGAACCUUUACCCGAUCGCCUCCCCGUCAGUGAGAUCGAUGAGAAAUCCGGCUUCAUUCACCUCUCCACCGCAUUUCAGGUGCCAAAUACGCUUAAAUACUUCUUCAAAGAUGAGCCUCUCGUUUAUGUCUUGCGUAUCCCAUAUGAGCGGGUGGUGCAUGAUAUCCGCUGGGAAUCCCCCGAGGGUCAAGUAUGCGGGCCUCGUCCGAAAGAAGGCUUGUUCCCUGUGAGAAACCCCCUCCUCCCUCGCUGGCUGUACGGGCCGUUGCUCUCCGUGGGCACAUGA